UACGAGUCGGAGAGCGUCCCAAAAAAAUUGCCUCUGUCAUACAACCAGGAAGAAGGUGGGAUAGCCGCGCGUUGCUAACAUCCCCGAUCUUUCUGCACACUUUCUUUGAAAAGAAAUGGGAUCAUCCAGGUGGAAGGUGGCAGCCGUGGCGUUCCUCACUUUUGUGGGCUCCCUUUUACCUGUCGAGGCUGAUGAACACGAACACACAUACACAGAUAAGGAGGAGGUUGUAUUAUGGAUGAACACAGUGGGGCCUUACCACAACCGACAGGAGACGUACAAGUAUUUCUCUUUGCCCUUCUGUGUGGGCUCAAAGAAGACCAUCAGUCAUUACCAUGAAACUCUCGGAGAAGCCCUGCAAGGAGUGGAGCUGGAAUUCAGCGGCCUUAACAUCAUGUUCAAAGAUGAAGUCUUGCAGAUGACAUAUUGUGAAAUCGACCUGGACAAAGCCAAACGGGAUGCUUUUGUGUAUGCCAUAAAGAAUCACUACUGGUACCAAAUGUACAUUGACGACCUGCCUAUCUGGGGUAUUGUUGGCGAGGCCGAUGAAAAUGGAGAAGACCACUACCUCUGGACAUAUAAAAAACUAGAGAUCGGCUUUAACGGCAACAGAAUUGUUGAUGUAAAUCUUACCAGUGAAGGCAAAGUCAGACUAGUGCCCAACACAAAGAUUGCAAUGUCUUACUCUGUUAAGUGGAAGAAGUCAGAUGUGAAGUUCGAGGACAGAUUUGACAAGUACCUUGACCCAUCAUUCUUCCAGCACAGGAUUCACUGGUUCUCUAUCUUCAACUCCUUCAUGAUGGUGAUCUUCUUGGUUGGUCUGGUGUCCAUGAUUUUGAUGAGAACCCUGCGAAAGGAUUAUGCCAGAUACAGCAAAGAGGAGGAAAUGGAUGACAUGGACAGAGACCUGGGAGAUGAAUAUGGUUGGAAGCAGGUGCACGGGGAUGUCUUUCGACCCUCAAGUCAUCCGCUGAUCUUCUCCUCACUCAUUGGUUCUGGUUGCCAGAUCUUCUCCGUCUCUUUUAUUGUCAUAAUUGUUGCGAUGGUUGAGGAUCUGUAUACAGAGAGAGGAUCAAUGCUGAGUACAGCGAUUUUUGUGUAUGCUGCCACUUCCCCUGUCAAUGGCUACUUUGGGGGAAGCCUGUAUGCAAAACAAGGGGGAAGGAGAUGGAUUAAGCAAAUGUUCAUCGGAGCCUUCAUGAUCCCAGCGAUGGUGUGUGGGACUGCCUUCUUCAUCAACUUCAUUGCAAUCUACUAUCAUGCCUCCAGAGCUAUCCCUUUUGGCACCAUGGUGGCCGUCUGCUGCAUCUGCUUCUUUGUCAUUCUACCACUAAACCUUGUCGGAACAAUUUUGGGGAGGAAUCUUUCUGGUCAGCCAAACUUCCCAUGCCGGGUGAACGCUGUCCCCAGGCCAAUCCCUGAGAAGAAAUGGUUUAUGGAGCCAGCCGUCAUCGUGUGCCUCGGUGGAAUCCUUCCUUUCGGCUCCAUUUUCAUUGAAAUGUACUUCAUCUUCACAUCUUUCUGGGCCUAUAAAAUCUAUUACGUGUACGGCUUUAUGAUGCUGGUCCUGGUCAUUCUUUGCAUUGUGACAGUGUGUGUCACCAUUGUGUGCACAUACUUCCUGCUCAAUGCUGAAGACUACAGAUGGCAAUGGACAAGCUUUCUUUCUGCUGCAUCCACUGCAGUUUACGUUUACAUGUACUCAUUUUACUACUAUUUCUUCAAAACGAAGAUGUACGGGUUGUUCCAGACGUCCUUCUACUUUGGUUACAUGGCUGUGUUCAGUACUGCCCUUGGAAUCAUGUGUGGUGCGGUUGGAUACAUGGGAACAAGUGCCUUUGUGAGGAAGAUCUACACAAACGUCAAAAUAGACUAAAGCAGCACCAACAGGGUGGAUGAUCACCAUGGUGGAGUUGCCCGCGUGUAUCCUGGAAGAUGGCGGCACACAACAUUCUUUAAUAGUUUUUCCUUCUUGCAAAGAGAUUCUCACUUUGUACAAUGUAGUUUUCCAUUUUCUGAAUGAAUUUCAACUCCGCAACACAGAAGUGAACAGACGCAAAGGUUCUGUUUUUAUUAUCAGUCGCUUUCACAUUAAGGAAUGUUGGGGGGCAAAAUGUUUAAGGCUCACACGGCUUCUCUUCCACCCAGUCCCACCCGAGACCCGACGACGUACAUGUUUGUGGAUGGAACUGUGCAGCUCUCUUCAGUGAAGAGGCCUAAGUAUGUUGACCGCCUUUGUUCUAUCCUGUAAGAAUACUGGAGAGUUGGCUUUGUGCCCAUAUUCUGACUUUAGUUCUAUUUUAUAUUCUUGAAGCCCGCUCUCAGUAAUGUUAGUACAGUAAUUCCUUCCCAUUUACUCCUGCUACAAAAAAAAAGGUGUUGUCUCCCAUUUUGGCCGUUCUAAAUUCUCCCGUUACAGUAGCAAUCCAUGCAGUUGCGAAGUUGACGUCCUGCUGUAGUAAAGAACCGAGGGCCUGAGGUCAAGAUACAGUAAGACUUUUAAAUGGACAUUUGAUGUGAUCCUAUUUCCUGGGUUUAGUCUUGUUUUCUUAAUGGUUGGGGUUAAAUGAAGUCCACAUGUAAAGAUAAUAUAUGUAUCGGGGAAGUGUAUAUAACCUUAAUGUACCUUUAGGUGUAGAUCCCAAAUGUAUUUUCGUUGUACAGAUUUACUACAGGGUGGUUAUUUUUUGUUUUUUUUAAUGAAUCCGCUCAAAACAAAAAGGUAGGUUUUGUUGGUUUGGGGCGGGGCUGGUGGCGCUGUUUCAUCUUGCCUGAAAUUGCAUGACAUUUUCAAACCAUGGCCUUGUCAAAAUGAUUCACUGGCAGCAUGGAUCUCACAUUAUAAGGGUACUGGCCUGAUUAGACCCACCUACUGAUUUACAUAUUAAAAGCUUUAAAAAGGCUCAGCAACUUGUGGUAAGCCAUUUCCCCCCACACGACAAGUGUGAACGUCCAAAGGAUUGAGCUGUGUUUCCACAGACAAACUGUACAAAAUGAUUAAGAACACUUGACUAAAUGUUUUCAUAACCACACACUGCAGAGUCUUUCUAAGGUUUUAUUUCCCUCCCAGGUUUUGUGUAAAUACCGUACGCUCCCUUGUCCUGCCUUCUCAUUUCCAGUUCUUCCCCACUGAAGUUGAUUUUGGCACCAUGUUGUGUACAAAUCAUGAGACAUUUUCAACAUGCAUAUUAACUUGUAAAAAGAGGAAAUAAAACACGUUUAUGUACAGGA